UAUAUGAAAGAUAUAAUUGAAAAUUUUGGAGUUGACCACAAGGAUUCACUUCCAGCAAUGGAAUGGCCUGAUGAGAAGUACCCCCCAGGCUCAUGGUCCAGGAUAUGCAGUGCCCCAUGACAUUGUAGAAUCAGUGUGCAAGCAACACAAAGAGGGAAUUUUAAGGGGCCUUAACCUGCAGAUGUUCAAGCUAGAGGACAUUGCAAUGGGCAUAUGGAUAGAAGAAAUGAAAAAGAAAGGAUCAGAUAUUAAAUAUGUGAAUGGAGAAAGGAUUCAUAUUGGUGGGUGUGAGGCUGGCUAUGUCCUUGCUCAUUACCAGGAAUCUUGGGAAAUGCUAGCUAUGCCUGUGGCAGAAAUUUCAGGAGACAAAACGAGCAAGAUGUUGCGGGGAGGAGGUUGGUUUGAAACAAUGCCAUCUCGGCUUGAAACUAAGAGGCCAGUUAUGUUCUUGCUCAUUAUCAGGAACCUGGGAAAUGCUAUACCUGCGGCAGAAAUUUGAGGAGACAAAAUGAGCAAGAUGUUGCGGGGAGUAGGCUGGUUCGAAACAAUGUUUUCUUGGCUUGAAACUAACACUGCAUUCUUUGUGCAGGGAAAUUUACUAAAUUGGAUGGAAAGAUGAUGAUUCUUGUACCGGUUGCUAUUGCCUAAACUAAUCCCCUUCGAUGGUUGUGGAUUUGCAGGUUUCAACAUGGUUGAUGGUUGACUAACCACAUGAUUCAACUGGCUGAUGUUUCUUUGAGAUAUUGACAUUAUAAAUUUCUAUAACUAUGAUUUUAGAGUGGCGUUAUUCUAAUCACGGGAAGAGAAAGAGAGGUUGCUGCUCCAGUUAACAUUAUUUGAGAGGGAAGCUGCUUAUGUAGUUGAUAGUUGAAUGGAGAGAGACCACAAUGGUCGUACCUUUCUUGUAAACAUAAUUACAGUAAAUUUCCUUUAUUUUUAAAGGAAAAUUCACAAAGGUUAAUGAUUUCUU